UUUAUUUUGUUCAAUAAAGAAGGAAAAAAAAUAAAAAGUUCCAGGUAUUUUUAGAUAUUUAGUUCCAGGUUUUUAUAUUUAUUUCCUGCAGCAGGAGUUCCGUCCCUACAUCGGUCCGACAGGUGAGCAGCAGGUACCUGAUGAUUGUUCACCAGUUCACCUGCAGAGCCUCGGUCCACCUGUCUGUCCAGGUGAGACGGAUCAGAGGACAGAACCUCAGCAUGGCCCGGCCCAGUUCAGACCUGUCCUCCUUCAGGGACAUCCUCUCCAGGUCCAGCAGCGUCGUCGUCCUCACCGGUGCCGGCGUCAGCGCCGAGAGUGGAGUUCCAACUUUCAGAGGAGCCGGAGGAUUCUGGAGGAAGUGGCAGGCUCAGGAACUAGCCACCCCCGAGGCCUUUGCCCGGAACCCGUCCCGGGUCUGGGAGUUCUACCACCACCGCCGCGAGGUCAUGCUAACCAAGCAGCCCAACGCCGCCCACCGGGCCAUCGCGGCGUGUGAGCAGCGGCUGGCCCGGCAGGGCCGGAGCGUCACGGUGAUCACCCAGAACAUCGACGAGCUGCACCGCCGGGCCGGGUCGGAACACGUCCUGGAGAUCCACGGAAGUCUGUUCAGAACUCGCUGCAUGAGCUGCGGUCAGGAAACCUCCAACUACAACAGCCCCAUCUGCCCCGCCCUGGAGGGCAAAGGGGCUCCAGAUCCAGACACUCAUGACGCCCAGAUUCCUGUGGAUCAGCUGCCGCGGUGUUCCGGCUGCAACGGUCUCCUCAGACCAGCCGUCGUCUGGUUUGGAGAAACUCUGGAUUCUGACGUUCUGACCCGAGUGGAGAAAGUUCUGGACGGCUGUGACCUCUGCCUGGUGGUGGGAACCUCCUCCGUGGUUUACCCGGCGGCCAUGUUUGCCCCCCAGGUGGCCGCCAGAGGAAUUCCUGUAGCCGAGUUCAACAUGGAGGACACGCCGGCCACCAUGAGGUUCAGGUUCCACUUCCAGGGCCCGUGCGGCUCCACGCUGCCGCCGGCGCUGGAGGCCUGAGGACCGGACCCCCCAAUGAGGACCGGACUCCCCCCCCCCCCCCCUCCUGAGGACCGGACCCCCCCAGGACCGGACCCCCCAGGACCGGACCGCCCACCCCCCCCCGAGGUCUGGACCCCCCAGGACCGGACCCCCCCCCCUUAGGACCGGACCCCCCCCUUAGGACCGGACCCCCCCCUGAGGACCGGACCCCCAGGACCGGACC